AUGGCAUCGCUCCAUCCCUUCACCAGCCUCCUCCUCCUCUCUGUGUCCCUUUCCUGGGCUGCAAACCAGUCCCCGCUGUCCCCCGGCUCCCUGCCAGCCAUCCCUGCACUGCCCCUCCUGCAGGCCCUGCAAUUGCGGGCACCAGGCAGCCAGGGCUGGCGAGCAGGGUCAGCAAGCGGGCAUCCCCUCCGCUACAUGCUGAACCUGUACCGACGUGCCGCCGACCACGAAGGGCGACCCCGCCACGGCCGCAGCCUGGGUACCAACACUGUCCGCCUGGUCCAGGCCAGUUCCCACAGGGAUCAGCCCUGGGCAGGUCGCUGGUAUGUGCAGCCCCUCACCUACCACUUGGAGGGCCAGCCUGAGGCUGAACACCUCCUCCGAGCCACCGUGGUCUACCUGCCCAGCCUGCUGCUGGCCCACAGUCGCCUUCUCUGUGCCCUGGAGCUGGUGGCCACUGGCGAGGCACCUGGGUUGUUGCUCAACCCUGCCACCCGCCCCCGCCAUGGCUGGGCCGAAGCAGAUGUCACCCCUUACCUGGUGCUGGGGAAUGGCAGUGUGGGGAGCCUGGUGCUGCGGCAUGUCUGUGUACGUGCUGGCCGGGCGGAGGGCCACGAUGCCCCAGUGGCCCUCAGCCAUCCCUUUCUCCUCCUCUACCUCAAUGACACCCGGGCUGGGCUGGCACCUCCAGUGGCAGAGCCCCGCCGGCACCGGCGUGACACAGGGACGUUGGCCUACGACCUGCCCAGCUACCUGCGAGAGCAGGGAGGGGACAAGAGCGACUGCUCCCUGCGCCCCUUCCCCGUCAGCUUUGCCCAGCUGGGCUGGGACCACUGGAUCAUUGCUCCCCACCGCUACAACCCCCGCUACUGCAAGGGUGCCUGUCCCCGCCUGCUCCGCUACGACUACCAUGCGCCCAACCACGCUGUGGUGCAGAGCUUCGUCCAUCAGCUGGUGGAUGCCAACGUGCCCCGGCCCUCCUGUGUCCCCUACCGCUACAGCCCCAUCAGCGUCCUCAUGAUCGAGCGUGACGGUGGCAUCCUCUACAAGGAGUAUGAGAACAUGAUUGCAGAGUCCUGCACCUGCCGGUAA